UGUGAACCCUAAAGUUAAUACUUCUCUCACAGCCUCAAAACAGGCCCCUGAAGUUCUGUCUGUGUUCGUCAACAUCAAGCGGCUCUGUUUUGAUCGCCGAUCGGAUCAUCAAACAUAAAAACAGAACCCUUCAAAAAUCUCCUCCCACUAUGACCCACUUUCUCGAACCAAGAUUCCACCAAACCCCAUUUCCCACCCUUCUCCGCCGUAUUCCCAAAUCUCCACCGCCCAUUUCAAUCCGAUGCCGCGGCGGCGGCGCCCGCGACCUCCAAUCUCGAUUACACUCCAUCAACAACACCCAGAAGCUCACCGAAGCCAUGAAGCUCGUCGCCGCCGCCAAAGUCCGCCGAGCCCAAGAAGCCGUAAUCAACAGUCGCCCCUUCGCCCAAUCCCUCGCCCAAUUUCUCCAUUUCAUCACCCAACAAAUCCAACCACACGAAAUCGAUUUCCCCUUUCUAAUCCCUGCACCCGUCGGAAAAGUCGCCCUCGUCGUCUUCACCGGUGACCGGGGACUCUGUGGCGGUUUCAACGCUUCCGUGAUAAAAAAAGCCGACACCCGAUUGGCCGAAUUGAAAAAUCUCGAUCUGGGUCACAUCCUAAUCAGCGUUGGAAAAAAGGGUAACUCGCAUUUCCGCCGCCGGUCCGACGUUCAAGUCGAUAAAUACAUAACCAGCUGCGGCGGCGGUUCAGUACCGACAGCAAAAGAAGCACAAACCAUUGCAGACAUUGUGUUUUCUCUGUUCAUCAGCGAAGAAGUGGACAAAGUGGAACUAAUUUACACAAAGUUCGUUUCGUUGCUGAAUUGUGAGCCUGUGAUUGAGACAUUGCUGCCAUUGUUGGGCGAUAGGGAAGCCAUGGGAGAUGGAGGGUUUAGAUUGACAACAAAGGAGGGGAAAUUGAAGGUGGAGAGAGAGGGGAAAAGGGGGAAUUUAGAGGAAAUUCCGGCAUUGUUGGAGUUUGAACAAGACCCAGUUCAGAUUUUGGAUGGGAUGAUAGCUCUGUAUUUGAACAGCCAGAUUUUGAGGGCUUUGCAGGAAUCCAUGGCGAGUGAGGUGGCAGCGAGGAUGAACGCCAUGAGUAAUGCUUCUGAGAAUGCUCUGGAGUUGAAGAACUCUGUUUUGGUUGCUUAUAAUCGAGAGAGACAGGCUAAGAUUACUGGGGAAAUUCUGGAAAUUGUUGCUGGAGCUGAGGCUCUUCAAGGAUUUUGAUUUUUGAUAAUUACUCUUACAGAAUUUGAUCCACAAAUUUCAUGUAGGCUUUCAGAACAUGAAUGUAUGAAUGUGAUUUUUGUAUCUUCUUUUUCAAUUGGAUUGGUACUUAAAACUUCUUCCAA